AUGCCAUUUAAAUUGUUCGGCAAUAAACCACCAACUUAUAAUAUAACAGCUUAUUCAGGUAAUGUAAAAUGUGUUUCUUCAAAUGAAAAGCUCUUAUCCGUCCAACCUAUUACAUCAAAUCAAUACGAAAGUAUUGUUACAAUCGCAGUUCAAUAUUUAGGACCAAAUCCAGAAGUUGUUCAACUUCAUGCAAUUUUGCCUAACAAAGAAGAGUAUACCAUUCCUGUUUACAUUGAUAGAAUUGCAACAGCUCGAAUUGAAACAAAUAUAAUUUACUUAUAUGCAAAUUAUUCAGUUGAUGAAUAUUUCCUUAGAGGUUAUGAUAAAUCCGGCAACAAGAUUGCCACACUUGACGGAUACAAUGUUGAAUGGAGCUACAAUACCUCAGAAAUCAUGCGUUUGUCUCCAGAUGAAACAGAUUAUUCAACAUUAUACAGUAAUCUCGACUCUCAUAUUAUCAUUCAAGGCCUUUUAGUUGGCAAAUCAUCCCUUGGUGCCAAGAUUGGUGACAGCGUCAUAGCUCCAAAUGUUACACUCACAAUUCUUGACCCAAUUUAUCUCGAGCCAAGUUACAAGAAAGUGCUUCCUGGAUGCGAGUUUUAUGCAACAUUAUGUAAGAGAAUCAAGUCUGAUGCUGAUAGAUGUUACAAGAUUGAUCUUACAAAGACAAAGUACUUUUUCACUUCUGAUAAUGAUAAGAUUAGUACAGUUACAAAUGAUGGCAAAGUUCACGCUGUUAAUAUCGGAGUUACACAAAUCCGCGUUUCAGAUCAAGAAUUUCCACUCAACAGAGGUUCAAUGACAUUAGAAGUUGUGGCUCCAUAUGGAAUUUAUAUUCCAUAG